GUUUGGGCGCUCGCGAUCACCGGAAAGAUUUCAUCUUCGGCUGAGUGCGUUUUUCUCGUGCGCACGUCGUCCCGUUCGGGUGUGUAAAUGUUUGGCUCCGUGCGCAGACUGGCUGCGGACACUCGGUUAUGUGGUCCUUUAAUUUAACCAUGGACGCGGACCAGGCGUGGACGCUGCUGCUGUGGACCUCCGUGGCCGUGCUUGCGCCCGUCCUUAUCACGCUGUGGUGCAGCGCGCAACGCGCCAAACGCAGAACCUACAUGAAGGACUUCUUCCGCCAGAGCAGACACGGCUGGCGGUGCACGGAUCUCUUCAACAAGCCCACCUACUGCUGCGUGUGUUCCCAGCACAUCCUGCAGGGGGCGUUCUGCGACUGCUGCGGCGUGUGCGCCGACGAGCCGUGCCUGCGCCGAGCCGAGCGCGACCUGCCGUGCAAAGAGAUCAUAGCCCAGGCGCGACCCGACGGCACCGCCGAGCACCGCUGGGUCCGCGGGAACGUCCCGCUGGCCAGUUACUGUGCGGCGUGCAAACAGCAGUGCGGGACGCAGCCCAAACUCUGCGACCUCAGGUGUGUGUGGUGUCAAACCACAGUGCACGACGACUGCAUGAGCAGCAUUCCGCACGCUGACCACUGUGACCUGGGCGAGUUCCGCAGCCUGAUCAUCCCGCCUCACUACCUCUUCCACGUCAACAAGCUCCGCCGCCGACAGCCCGAUGAGUACAGCAAGCUGGCGUCUUCCUGCGGCAGCGGCUGGACUCCGGUUUUGAUCUUGGCGAACACGCGCAGCGGCAACAACAUGGGUGAAGUUCUGCUGGGAGAGUUUCGGACCCUGCUGAACCCUGUGCAGGUGUUUGACCUGUCACAGCUGGCGCCAUCCAAGGCGCUCCAGCUGUGCACGCUGUUGCCCCCCGGCAGCGUCCGGGUGGUCGUCUGUGGCGGGGAUGGCACGGUGGGCUGGGUGCUGGAUGCCGUUGACACCAUGAAGCUCAAGGGUCAGGACCAGUUUGUUCCGAGGGUCACCAUCCUGCCCCUGGGGACAGGAAAUGACCUUUCGAACACUUUGGGUUGGGGUGCUGGCUAUGCUGGAGAGAUUCCUGUGGAGCAGGUUCUCCGGAACAUCCUCGAUGCAGAGGUGGUCAAAAUGGACAGAUGGAAAGUGCAGGUCGCAUCAAAAGGUGCCUACUUUCGUAAGCCAAAGGUUCUGACCAUGAACAACUACUUCUCUGUGGGACCUGACGCUCUGAUGGCGCUCAACUUCCACACACACCGUGAGAAAACGCCCUCCUUCUUCUCCAGCCGCAUCAUCAACAAGGCUGUGUAUUUCCUGUAUGGCACCAAAGACUGUUUAGUGCAGGAGUGCAAGGAUCUGAAUAAGAGGAUUGAGCUGGAGCUGGAUGGGGAGCAGGUGGCGCUGCCUAGUCUGGAGGGCAUCAUAGUCUCUAACAUUGGCUACUGGGGCGGCGGCUGCAGACUGUGGGAGGGUAUGGGGAAUGAACCCUGCCCCCCGACGAGGGUGGAUGACGGUCUGCUGGAGGUUGUCGGUGUGUUUGGUUCCUUCCACUGUGCUCAGAUCCAGGUCAAGCUGGCGAACCCGCUACGGCUGGGUCAGGCACACACUGUCAGGCUGGUUCUGAAGAGCUCCACGAUGCCGAUGCAGGUGGACGGGGAGCCAUGGGCGCAGGGCCCCUGCACCAUCACCAUCACCCACAAGACGCAGGCGCUCAUGUUGUAUCACAGCGCCGAGCACACAGACGACGACGAAUCCAGCGCCUCUGACGCAGAAAGCCCCACCCCCCAUGACUCGCCAAGACCCCCGGCGCAGACCUCCACAGACAUCUGACCUUCAGAUCGUUUCCUCUUUGCGUCUGUUCUUCUGUUGUGAGACAGUUAAUCCACAUUUCAGCCCGUGUCGAUGAACAUGGAUGUUGUUUUCCUACGUAAAUGUCUCCCAUCUUUACAGGUGAGCGUCUCAAGGUCAACUGGAGGUUAGCUACCCCCCGUGAAAUUACCCAGUUCUCCCUCCACAGGCGGGACAGUUAGCAGGUGAAUAUUUCAGAGUACAUUUGCGGUUUAUUUGCACUGAUCGUUGGUGCCGUACUUGACACACACACACAAUUAACAGUAUUUAGAA